GUAGUCACUGGUCAGUCUUCAAUCCCAUUUGCCAAACAAACGGCAGUGGGAGACUUGUGGGAGCCACACCACCUCUGUCCGACCCUUCACUCAACAAUGGCGGAUUUGAUUAUGGAGGAAAGAGAAGAGCUCAUGGUCUCACCAUCAGGUGGAACACCAACUCUAAGAACCGCCCAUUUUCUCAACCCCUCAGUAACUUCCCCCGACAGCUCCUCCUCCCUUCCGCAGCGAUUCACGGCGGCCGGGAACAAGGUACCGCCGCCGAAGUUUGACUUCCGGGGGUGGAGGAUUAACCCACUCAGGGAAUGGGGGGAAUGGGUCGAAUCCAUGCGCUCCCUGCACGAACCCCUGUGGAAGAAGGCCGGAAUCCGCGACGCCGUGAUGAACUCGACCUACAGAAUCCACCGGCACGAUGAAAUUGUUCUCGCUCUCGCCAGAAAAUGGAACCCGGAGACCAACACGUUCCUGUUUCCGUGGGGAGAAGCCUCUCUCUCCUUGGAGGACAUGAUCGUCUUGGGAGGCUUCUCUGUUUUGGGCUGCUGUGUUCAUUCCGAUUCAAACCCUAGAGACCGAAAUAUUGAAGGGAUCAAAAAGAAAUUACUCAAAGCUCGAUCCGAGCUAAACAUGUCUAAAUCAAAGAAACCCACCCAAAUUGGUUGGAUGGUCAAGUUCAUGAACAACAAGGAAUGCGGAAUAGAGCACGAGGCCUUCCUUGUGCUCUGGUUGGAGCGGUUUGUUUUCCCUGUCUCCACGCAAGACACAAUUGGCACAAAGUUUUUGGACAUUGCCAUUCGACUAACCCAAGGCCAGAGAAUAGCCCUUGCCCCGGCCGUCUUGGCUAUUAUUUACAAGAACUUGACAAUCAUGAAGAAGGCUCUUGGUGGAGUUGGUAGUGACAACACCCAGAAUUGUUGCGCGAUUUUGGCCCCAUUCCGGCUGGUGCUGGUAUGGGUUUGGGAGAGGUUCCCUUAUUUUUUGCACCCAAACAAUCCCAUUUCUGAUAAGCCGAGGUUCGCAAGGUGGGAUGAUCUUAAGAUGGAUGCAAAGAGUACAGACUUUGCAGGAGAGGAAUAUCUGUGGCGGCCAUACGCGUUGGGGGCCAAAAACUCACUUCUUCUAUACAAGGAGGGAGAAGGACGUUGGGUUUUUGUCCCCGGUGGUGGGGAUGAAGUGGACGAACUCAUUCGCUGUGUGAGGGUGAGUGAGCUGGUGGGGAUAGAGGGUGUCAUUGAGCAGUACCUGCCUCACCGUGUGGCUAUGCAGUUUGGAAUGGAUCAGGAUCAUCCCGGGCUCGUGGCGCGAGCGGAUGGAUCUCCUGAAAUUGCUUGGAACUUCUUCUCGAGGCCCGUCUUGGACAUGAAACUCUGGGUUCCCCCGCGGUUGUUUGAGUCCGAUGUUACCACUCGGUACUUGGAUUGGUUCUCUAAAACUGUUAAUGUUCCUGAUGAUGGUGAUAGUUAUGAUGAUGAUGAUGUGCCUCUGGCUGAACUUGUAAGGAAGGAGGGAAAAAUGGAUGAGAAUACUCGUCUUCUUGAUGAUGAUGAUGGUGUUUCCCUGGCUGAGCUUCUUCGGAAGAGAAGAAAGAAGGAUGUUAAUAAAAGCCAUAUCGAUGGAGAAACUGGGAUGGGGCAUGUGGAAGAAGCAGAGAAGAAUGGAAGAAUUGGGGACAACUCUCAAAUGAUUCAAGAUGAUGAUGAUGAUAAGGGGGAGGAGGAGGAGAAGGCAUUUGGGGAGGGUUUUGACAGAGAGAACAAUGGCAGAGGAGAAUGUGAUGCUACUACUACUGCUAGGACUAGAACUGAAGCCCCCGAGGCCGGAGGUUGCGAGAGUCCGUGGCGAACGAGGGCUCGAGGACUGGAAAUGAGGAUUAGGAAUCUGCAGAGAUUGGUUGGGUUGAUGAAAAACCGAGACAGAUAGAGAUCACCUGUGAUAGUCUCUGGAGAUUGGUUGCUUUGGUGAAACUAAAUGAAUCAUAAUUUGUUGUUGUAAGUUUGCACUUGCUUGGUUGAAAUGAACACACAGCCCAAACUGUACAUUAAUUGUUGUUGUAACUUUGGACUUGCUUGGCUGGGCAUCCAACCAACCGUACAUAGUUUCGCUGUUUUUUUUAACCCGUCUCAUGAAUAACUAUUAUUACCUGCAUCGAACUUAUUUCCAACAAGAAACAAAAAAAAAAUGG